UACCGGUGAAGGAAUUGCGUUCGGCUGUUGUUGGUUCCCCCUACGAGGCUUAGUGGUGGAGGUAUAGCGUUCUGCUGUUGGUCGAUUGAAGUUCUUCGAUUGACGCGGCUCACAUAUUCCUGGCUGGUGGAUAAAAUCGCAUCUCCCGAAGCCCUUUUUUUGAUCAGCAUUUGAAGGAGGUAUCCAUCCUUAGAAAUCUGUAGCAUCUGAAAAUUUUUUAAAGGAUAACUUAGAGAUUUAGUGUCUGAAGGUUUCCAAGAGUGGGAACUGUUACAAUGGGAGGGGGAGAGUCCAAACAUCACAGUUCUUAUCGCGACUCUUAUGAUUAUGGCCAUUCUUCUUCAAGCUAUGCUCCAAGGUUCUCUCCAGCUGCUUCAAAUUAUGUGCAGCCUGAAACAGUAAACAGAUUGCAAAGAAAGUAUUCAAGGAUCAAUGAUGACUACCAAACACUCAGUCAAGUUACUGAGGCGCUUGCAGAAGCAGGUCUUGAAUCAUCAAAUCUUAUCGUGGGAAUUGAUUUUACAAAGAGCAAUGAAUGGACAGGUAAAGUUUCUUUCAACCGCCAUUGCCUACAUGACAUUGGGAAUACUCCAAACCAUGAACAGGCAAUAUCUAUUAUUGGAAAGACACUUUCUGCUUUUGAUGAAGAUAAUCUUAUUCCUUGCUUUGGGUUUGGUGAUGCAUCCACUCAUGACCAGGAAGUAUUCAGCUUUUAUCCAGAUAACCGACCGUGUAAUGGCUUUGAAGAAGCACUUGAACGUUACAGAGAACUAGUUCCAAAUCUUCGGCUAGCCGGGCCAACGUCCUUUGCACCAAUUAUUGAAACAGCCGUAGGCAUUGUCGAUAACACCCAUGGGCAGUACCAUGUUCUACUUAUUAUUGCUGAUGGGCAGGUGACACGAAGCGUAGACACACAAUAUGGACAAUUAAGUCCACAGGAGAGAGAUACACUCAGUGCCAUAGUCAAAGCAAGUGACUAUCCCUUGUCAAUAGUUCUUGUUGGAGUUGGAGAUGGUCCAUGGGAUAUGAUGCAUGAGUUUGAUGACAAUAUACCCUCCCGAGCAUAUGAUAAUUUCCAGUUUGUGAAUUUUACUGAGAUAAUGUCUAGAAACUUCCCUGCCAGUAGAAAGGAGACAGAGUUUGCACUUGCUGCACUGAUGGAAAUUCCCUCACAGUAUAAAGCAACGAUAGACCUUCAACUUCUGGGUCAACGAAGGGGAGUUCCUGAUAGGGUUUGUCUUCCUCCACCAACCAGGAACCCUUACUCACGGUCAAGUAGCUUUGAGCAAGGUCCUGGAAUCACCAGAAGCUACCCACCUGCCACCUCUGAAAGUUCUAUGGAGGAUAAGCUGAUCUGUCCAAUUUGCCUAUGGAAAUCAAAGGAUUUUGCAUUUGGGUGCGGACAUCAGACUUGUUUCGACUGUGGGAAAGAUUUGCAGCGUUGCCCCAUAUGCCAAAGCCAUAUUACAACUAAGAUAAGGCUCUACUAAUGCCUGAACUUUAGAUGCAUAGUGAGCUACUAGUGCUUGAAGUUUGAUUAUUGCAAGGUGCUUGUAGGACAUUAUUUGCAUCUGAAAGCAAAUGCUGCUCUACUUGUACACAAUUUGUCUGUAUGAUUGUGUGUAGAUAUCUACUUGUGUGGGAUAUCAUCAAUGUUGGUGGAUCAUGUUCAAGAUGUUUAAUCUCUCUACCUACUCUGCAUAUGUAAACUUGAUAGCUGCUAAUUCUAUCCAUACACAUUCAAAUAGUGUUCCUGAGUUAUAUUGAAUUAUAUUGCUUAAA